AUAUACAUUUUUAGAAGCGAUGAAAUAUCAUAAGAUCAACAAUGUUUAGCAAAUAUUUCACUUCUCUGCUGAUCAAUAGUUGUCUCUGUUUAUCAGAGCUGACUAUUGCACCCAGUAGUGACAUUGAGGUAAACGAGGGUGAACCAUUAAAAAUAACCUGCACAGCUUCAGAAGAAGUUGAUUUCUUCUAUCCGAAAGAUAUUCCAGACUUGGCUGCCACGUCAUCAGUAUCAAUUGUUAAUGAACCAAAAAAUGGAACGUCAAACUUCAUAUUCAAAAGGUCUAAAACAGUUUUUGGAGACAGUGGAUGGUACGGAUGUAUCAAGGCGAGUAAAAACCAACCGAAGCUUGAUCUUGGAACCAUUUAUGUAACGCCAGACAACUUUGAAAAGUCAGAUGUAAAAUGGGUCUACGUUUUCGUAAAAUCAACUGAACACUUGUUGGUUGACAUUCCGUUCCUGUAUCAGAAUACAGAUGGUAAAUACUACUUAUUCGAAGAAGAAAGUGAUGAUGUUCUUCUGCCUUGCCGACCGACUUCUGCAGCCUACAAAGUUGAAUUUUACUCUUUUGAUAAUAGUAAGCCCAUUGAUUCAGAGUACGAUCCAAAAAGAGGAAUCAUUAUCAGAAAUAUUAAAAAAGACAGUCCUUUGAGCUAUUACUGUAUUGCUGUAGAAAACAACGGCGUGAUGAGAGAGAAAAAAGAAUUUGUUAUUAAGAUAACAGGUGAAACUCCAACCGAUAAAGUACCGAAAUUUUCCACUAAAGGGCUUACUCAUAUGGAAAUUGGUAAGAAGUUCAGCGUGGAAUGCUUAGUCAGAUUCUGGAAUCACAAUAACUACUUUCUAAAUUGGCUGACUCCUAGAUCGACUAGCCGGACCAGCAAGAACUUAACGACUAUCGAAAAUUAUAGUUUCGAAGACAGGAUUUUAAACAAUCGACUAGUUUCCCUGGAAUUGACGAUUGAAAAUGUGACCUCUGAAGAUUUCGGCGAGUAUCAGUGCAGGCUCUAUGAAUAUGCUUCGGUAGUUACAGGAAAAAUAAAUUUGCAACCACAUGAACGAAAACACCUAGAUCUAUCACUGCAAAAUCCUAGAAAUCAAUAUUCAAUCAAAAAUGAGAAGUCAUACACGUGGCAAAUAAAUGUUGACGCGUACCCCAUUCCCGAGUUGCAUUGGUUCGACUCACUUGGAAAAGAAAUAGUCACAUCAUGGCAAUUUUACGACUAUAACGUCAACGGCGAGUGUUUUUCGGUGUAUCUAACAAAAAGCUUCUUCACUGCAGAUGACUCGGGGAUUUAUACUGUCUUCGCUAAUAAUUCAGAAAUGAAGACGAUCUCUCUGAACGUUGUGGUUUACACACCACCGAACAUCAUCGAAGAAGAGCAGAAGCAUACAACAUAUUCCACUAAUGAUGUCGCAACAUUUCAGUGCCGAGCUAUGGGUGACCCCAAACCAGAUAUUACAUGGGAGUAUUUGGAUGAGUAUCGAAUCGUUGUAGAAAAUGGAUCCCAUUUUUUCGAGAAAAUUGAAUCAUGGUCUAUACUUGAUGAAGUAAGAUCAAGUGCGAGGACAAGAAUCUCAAGAUCUGGUUAUGUAUCAUGCGAAGCGCGGAAUAAGUAUGGCAAGGAUAGUAAACUAGUAAAGAUUGAUAUCAAAGAUCCAAUUAUCAUAGCCAAUAAUUCUGACAGACGACUUCCGACCAAUGAUGCAUCGAUGAACGCUUCAAUCAACCUUAAAAUUGAUGACAUUGGAAAGCCAGAGACAAGUAGCGAAGCUUGCGAGUUUCGGAAUCCUGAUGCUGAACUUGUUACUCCUAAUGUUGGGGCGAAAGAGACUAUCAAGUCUGUGAAUUUAGAUAACAGUCAACCAAAAAUACGCGUCAAAGGGCCUGGAUCCAAGAUUGGUAAUGGUGACGAUAAUGCGACUAGAACUGAACCAACGAAGCUUACUGAUAAGCCAGGUGAUAUUGAUUCAUUCAGCUUAGGCACAGUUAACCAAGAAAUGAUCAUUAAUGAAGGUAUGACUAUCACAAUGCAAUGCAGUGCUCCAAUUGACAGGUUCCCUGAUGAUAUUAAAUGGUACAACUCUACCAAUCUCCUUGCAACUGAUGGGAGAGUUGUGAUAAAAGAAACCAAAGAAGCACCUUUUCAUUCGUCACUUUUGACUAUAAGAGAUAUCCAGAUAUCGGACGAAGGUGACUUCACUUGCAAAGGAACGGCGAAGAACGGUUCUAUUGUUAAAAAUUAUUAUCAGGUGCAUGUCAAUGCCUCUGCUAUGUUUUCAGUGUCAGUAAUCUUGCAGUUGUCGAUAAUGCUGCUAUUAUUUGCUUAA